AUGGUGAAGCCAGACCCGGACGCACGGCCCAAGGCUCCAGCACCAGUGCGCCAACGACGAUGGCAUUCGAGAGUCUUCACUGGUUGUGUCAACUGUCGCCGGAGGCAUGUCAAAUGCGAUGAAGGCACUCCUUCUUGCUCCAAUUGCACUCGCUUAAACUUGACUUGCAAUUUCGACCGCAAGUUUGUCUUCAAAGCGGUGAAGCCCACAGGAACACCCGAUUCUACGAGUAACAAGGGCGACAAGACCUCGCCUACGUCCUCUGAACCAAGAGCAUCGAGUAGGUCCGGCUCGGCAUCCAGUGGAGAGGACGGUACAGAUGAAUUGAAUGCCAAAGCGUCAUUCGCCGACCUUGUUGUGGUGAGAGGCAGCAGGUCCCCCUCUGGAGUGAAAAGCUCACCACCCGGCAUAUCCUUCAUUUCAGAAGACUUCCCCUUCAGCCACAAAUCACACAUCCUCCCUAGUAAAGGUCACCAUGGGACGCCGCUGGUCUACAAGUAUAAGGCUACGGGUAUGCCUCAGCAAAUCGAUUCCAACGACACGCUCUAUCUGCACCAUUUUCUUGAAACUGUCUCAUCCUACCUCAUCAUCUAUGAUACCCCGUCAAACUCAAACCCGUAUCGACAGCUGCCGGGCCUGAUGAGCAAUUCAGGCUUGCUUCGCGAUACAAUGAAGGCCCUUGGUGCAAUGCACAUUGCUGGAUUACCGGAAACUCGAAACCGCCAAGUCCAUCACAGUGCCGCCAUGAAGGCAUAUGGCAAUGUCGUCACACAGCUUCGCGAUACUGUGACUUUCAACCAUGGCCAGCCUACCUUAGAGCUCUUAGCAACAACACUGCUUCUCUGUAUGUUUGAAAAGAUGUCGGCCAACGACGCGUCAUGGAAGAUCCAUCUUGUCGGCGCCGCACAGAUCUUCCAGUCCUUGUACAGUCCUCGUGUGGGCCAUCCAUCGACUCCCACGGGAAGCAACAGCAACAUGGAGUUGUCGGGUGUUGCGCAUACACUUCCACUCCGGAGAUUUUUAGUUUCUCUCAUGGCAUACCUGGACGUAGCCGCAUCAUUGGCAACAGGUCAAGGGCCAUUAAUACAAGGCGAUUAUUGGGAAACUUUCGGAGGUGGCUGGGAGUAUAAUAUGGGAGUACCUAGCUUUGCUCAAGCUAGGUCACCCGCGGACCGAACAAUGGCGCAGAUACGUCAGUCGUGGUCGAGGAUCAUGUCUAUUCAGACAGACAUCAGCAAGUUCGUCAAAAUCGAAAGAGAAGGACUAGCGCAACAUCAGCGAGAUAUGUACUACAAUGACUUGUCUUACCGACUGCGAAACUGGCAAGCCUCGGCGCCUGAUAUCUACUUGCGAUUAGAAGGCCUUGAGUCCAUGCCUGUGGGUGCCUCGGCGGAAGAAUUUGAGACUUUAACGGCCGCAUCGUGUAUCCAAGUAUAUGCUCUGUCCUGUUCUGUCUAUUUAGACAGAGUCAAUACACGGAAAAUUGGCAACGCUGCAAACAGUCCAGUCAUUUCUGCAGCAGUGUCUCGGAUUUUGACUCUGAUUUUUAACUUCCAAUCCGGCAUCAACCAGCUGGCUGUGUUGUGGCCGCUUUUAACCGCGGGGAUCGCCACGGUUGAUCCUGAGCAGCAAAAUAAUAUUCGACAGCGGUUGGCGUCUAUGAGGAGCUUUGGAUUUAAGGUUGGUGAUAUUCAGCUCCCUACUUCGUCUUGA